CUAGGCUUAAAAGAUGCAUCUCCGAGCAAAGCUAUACAUCAGACAUCGAGGUCGUUAGGAAAACCAGAACACCAGUAUGUUGCAGGUUAUCUUUAAUUACAUUGUGACUGCUGUCUUAAUCACUCCUCUGGCUGUCGGCGUCCAGUUCACUUCUUAUUAUGGAGGUCGUUAUAUAACAGAAUCGCUUGGUUCCUCUGUUAAUUUUUCAUGGACCUUCCAAGGUGCAGAUUUUCACUUUAUUGACUUUGUUUUCUUGAAGAGCCUUGAUCAACUCAACAUUGAUGGCAACGACCGACUAAUAGCGAUAUCACGUAAUGGCUUCGUGUAUGUGGCGAACCAAGCCUAUGCUGGACGUCUGAAGGGCAUUUGGAAUAAUGAGACAAACCCUGGUCAGGUGACGUUUACUCUAAGCUCAAUCCAAGCACAUGAGAGCAGACUGUUUGGUUGUCGGAUUCAGCCCAAAAGCUUUCUUUUGAGCCCGAUUGUGGACCCGGUGAAUCUGGUCGUCGUUGGCUCCUUGCCACGGCGGCAAAACUAAAGCAAUAUCUCCAGGGAUACUUUGCUUGAAGUGUUCUGGGAUCAUCUAAGUUA